CCUUUCGCUUCCAGCAGGCCUUGCGCGCGGGAACAUGGCGGCGUCCUGGUGGAGGUCUUGAGCGGGGAACCAAGUUGGUAUGGCGUUGACGUCGGGGCCCGCGAGGCGGGCACUGGUUCGCCCUGGGCGCCUCGGCUUUGGGGACUGCGGGGCUCCGAGACGCGGGGCGUACGAGUGGGGCGUGCGCUCCACGCGGAAGCCCGAGCCUCGUCCCCUGGACAGGGUGUACGAGAUCCCUGGACUGGAGCCCAUCACGUACGCGGGGAAGAUGCACUUCAUGCCCGGGCUGGCGCGGCCGGUCUUCCCGCCCUGGGACCCCGGUUGGACGCACCCAAAGUUCCGCCGCCCGACCCCGGUUCACGAGCAGCCGCUGUACAAGGAUCAGGCCUGCUACGUCUUCCACCAGCGUUGCCGCCUCCUCGAGGGUGUAAAGCAGGCCCUCUGGCUUACCAAAGCCAAGUUAAUAGAAGGCCUUCCCGAGAAAGUGCUUAGCCUCGCCGCUGAUCCGGAGAACUACAUAGAGAACCAAGAUGAACGCCUUCUGAACGUGAUCUCUCACGCCCGUCUCUGGCACUCUACUGAAGACAUCCCGAAGAGAGAGGCCUACUGCCCAGUCAUUGUGGACAGUCUGAUACAGCUGUGUAGAUCCCAGAUUCUCAAGCAUCCCUCUCUGGCCAAACGGAUCUGCGCCAAAAACUACACGUUAUCCACCACCUGGAAUCGAGAGUCUUUUCUCCUUCAGGUCCGUGGUUCCAGUGGAGCCCGACUGAACACCAAGGAUCCGCUGCCCGCCGUCGCCUCCAAAGAGGAGGUUGAAGCUACUAAGAAUCAUGUUCUUGAGACCUUCUAUCCCAUAUCUCCCACUAUUGAUCUUCAGGAAUGCAAUGUUUAUGAUGUGGAAGACAACACAGGAUUCCAGGAGGGUUAUCCUUACCCCUAUCCCCACACCCUGUAUUUCCUGGAGUCAGCCAAUUUACGACCACACCGCUUUCAACCAGAUCAGCUGCGGGCCAAAAUGAUCCUGUUUGCCUUUGGCAAUGCCCUGGCUCAGGCCCGGCGCCUCUAUGGGAAGGACGCUAAGGUUUUGGAGCGGCCGGUAGUUGUGCAGAGCGUGGGCACCGACGGACGCGUCUUCCAGUUCCUGGUGCUGCAGCUGAACACCACAGAGCUGGCCGCUCACGAGGGCGUCAAGAACCUGGUCUGGGUGGACUCAGACCAGCUCCUCUAUCAGCAUUUCUGGUGUCGCCCGGUGAUCAAAAAGAAGGUGGUUGUGGAACCUGUUGGGCCGACUGGUUUCCAGCCAGAGACAUUCAGGAAGUUUUUAGCUCUGUAUUUACAUGGUGCUGUGUGAGCCAAGGACCAUUCUGAGGUCUGAAGCCUCCUUGCCCCCCUCCCGCAGAAGAUCCUGUAUCCAGAGCAGUGCUGGGCCUGCCUGGAGCCUCCGUGUUCAUCUGGCCUGCUGUCUGGCUGCCAAUAAAGAGCCUCCCAGUACA